UGUGGUGGAAGUGGUGCAGAGAGGAGAAGGAGGGAAUCAUUUGUUUCAUUUGUGCGAAUAUGUGGCAAGAAAAGGGAACGAUGAUGGUCACGAGGUUGUGUGAUUUGUGAAUGAAACUCCCCACACGUUACCCGCGCUCAUUCCCAACUCUAACAAUCUCAUACUUUAACUCUCACACUCUCUCACCACUUUAAUUCUUCACUUUCUAAAUAUCCAUCUAUUAUCUAUCUUUUACAAUUCAAAACUCCCUUCACCCCAUGGACCCCGUGGAGGUUCACCCUCCUUGGGUUCCCGAGGAUGACCUUCUCCUCAAGAACGCCGUUGAGGCUGGUGCUUCGCUGGAAUCGCUGGCAAGAGGAGCUGUUCGGUUCUCGCGGCGGUAUUCCUUUAGGGAAUUGCAAGAUCGGUGGCUGUCUCUGCUCUAUGACGGGGAUGUUUCCACCAAGGCGGCCCUUGCCAUGAGGAAUUUGGAGCUGGCCAAGUCAGCUGCUGCCGGUGGUGAAGGAAGUGGUGGUGGUGGUGGUGGGGAGAAGAGGAAAUUUCAAAGCAGUGCUGGUGUUGGGAAAAAGAUGAAAUUUCAAAGCGUUCGCAAGCAGUACUGCAGCAUGCAGAAAAAACUUCGCCGGCACCGCAGUGGCGUCAUGUCUUCCGAGGUAAAGAACGGGGUGGGGUGUGAGGGUAAAGAGAAUGUGGUGGUUGACGGUAAUUUAAAUAGUGAUGUUGUGAAUAGUAGUGUAGUUGGUUAUGGGAAUUGCUUGGGGUCAGAAGGGGUAGAGGUGGGGCAAUUGGGUGAUUUGGUGAGUGAUGUACCUCUGUGGAAAACGAUUGAGGAUGUUUCUUUGCCUGAUUUGCCUGUUCAUGUUAGUGUUGAGGGUAAAAGUUGUGUUUCUGAAGGGGGAGUGGAUUUGAAAGAUGAGUGCGGGAAUGGUGGGUUGAAAUUGAAUGCUCCUGAUGCCAAAAGUCUCUCGAACUUGGCAAAUGAGGAUGAACUUCUCUUUAUGAAUGUAGAGGGGAAGGAGGUAAUGGCUAUGGAUAAGAAUAAGGAUAAGCCACGUUAUGAUAAUGUUGAUUCACUUCUGUUGAGUUCUUCCGCUGAUGUUCCUGUAUUGCAGAAGUUGGAUGUGGAAGCAAAACUUUCUGUGCCUGGUGGGUGUGUUUCUGAUGGGCAGGGAAUUGCAGCUAAUCCAUUAGGUGCCAGUUGUGGUGAUCAGCAUUUCGUUUCUGAUCCAAGAAACAAUGCUGCGUUGUCAGCUGUAGCACAAAGUCCUCACUCUGAACACAGCGAGGGAUUUAUGAUCUGUGUGUUGAAUACUGAGCACCCUGAUAUCCCAUGCAAUGUUAAUUUGGAUGUGUCCGUCGUAAUUCCUGAAUUAGCACCUCUAAAAUCCCAACCAGUUGUUAAAGAGGCGGGUUUUUCAGAAUCUGCUAUUAGUAAUCAAAGAAGAAAUGGACCAGAUGGAAGCCUGAAGAAAGAAGCCGUUCUUUCUCAGUCUUUUGCUUCAAAAAAUUCAAGCUACAAACCUGUUGUUUUUGGACUGAAAAGUGAAAAUCCUGGAAGAAACGCUAUAACUGCAGUUUCUAGACAGAGUAACAAUGUUGAUGUCAACUCAAGUCAUGGCAGAUCAGUUCGUGCAACUGUGAUGCCUGCCUUAGAGGGACAUCUGAAACAAGAGGAAAAUUUCACUGAAGGUGUAUCACAUAAACAGGACAUUGACGCUCCAGCUGCUGCACAUGUUAAGGCUGAGGAACAUAAAGCUUUAUCAAAAUCAGAAGCAAAAUCAUUAUCUCUAGAUCAGGAAGGAGGUGAUAUUGAAGAUGAUGGAGAAGACGAUUAUGAUGAUUAUUAUGGUGAUGAACUUCCUUACUUUUCUGAUGUUGAGACAAUGAUUCUUGAAAUGGAUUUAUCUCCAAUGGAUGAAGAUCCAAACGCAAGGAGAGAAGUAUUGAGAUAUCAACAUGAAGAUAGUAGGAAGACCAUCAUGAGAUUGGAGCAAGGUGCUCAGUCCUCCAUGGGAAGAGCCAUUAGAUCUCAUGGUGCACUUGCAGUAGUGUAUGGGCGCAUUCUGAAGGAAUAUAUUAGAAAAAGCAAGGUUGUACUUGGCAGAGCAACAAAUGAUGUACAUGUUGAUAUUGACUUGGGAAAAGAAGGGGAGGAGGUGGCUACAAAAAUAUCUAGAAGACAGGCUUUAAUAAAGCUCGACGCAGAUGGUUCUUUCAUAAUUAAAAAUCUUGGUAAGAGAUCUAUCUUCUUGAAUGGCAAAGAAAUUGCUACAGGACAAGCGCGGGGUCUUGGUGCUAGUAGUGUGAUCGAGAUUAGAGGCAUUUCACUCAUCUUUGAGACCAAUAAUAGAUGCGUGAAGAGGUUUUUAGAAAAUGUGAAUGGGAAGAUAUGAAGAUAAAAGGAAGAGGGGAAGGGGUUUGUUUGUAAGAACAGAAACGGCGUCGAAUGUUAAGGAUUUUAGGGUAGCAUUCGUAUGCCAGCCAAAAAUAUAAGUUAUACCAGCUAAUAUUUUAUGUUUAUGUGUUGUAGAUCGAAAGUCAGAAAGUGUACAUAUAGAUAGAAGAUGCAAAAGGCCUCAGAGUAGAUAUAUAGUUAAUUUGGCAGCUAUGCAAUGGGAACUUUGUUAUUUUGUAUGUUUUUUUUUUCCCAUUUUGAUGUAAUAGGUCUUUUUUAAUGAAACAGACGUCCCAGCCCCCAAGUAGGAAUAAUCAUCAAUAAAUAAUUAUUAAACAA